UUAACUCACAUUUUUAAGGCAGCAGGUGAACUUACAUUUCUAAGUUUAACCAGCUGAAAAUGUUUUACAGUGUGCUAGUUUUGGUUAUUGAGGCGGGAUUAUGUAUUAUGUAUAUAUGAUCAAAUAACAUUAAAAACAGUGGUUAUAAAAACACAAAAUCCUUAACCAGCUUAAUGAAUUGAUGGUGUUAACAGGGUAUUAGGUGAUGAAAAAUGUGUUUGUGGUCAGAGCAAACUCUGAUUGAUGUGGGAGAAGUGUCUUCCUGUCUUCUACAGGCUGCAGUAGAUUCAUCUUAAAUGUUGUGUGAGGGGAACCAGGUCUCACUAUUUUCAACUGUUUUAAUCAAGCCAGUGACAUGAGGAUCAUUCAGCUUCAGCUCUAUGUAUUAAUCUGUUGUCAAGCAGCAGAAGCAGAUCAACUAACUGAUUUGGGAUCAAAUGUGACCAUAAACUGUGAUCUUGAUGAAAAUGAUGUUUAUUGGAUUUUACUGAAAACACCAGAUCCUCCAACAGUGAUUCUACGAUCAUUCUCAACCUCAACAUCACCUUUUUACUCAAAUAAAACAUUCAGAAAGAAAUAUUCAGUGCAAUUUAAACAUUGUCUGGUUAUAAAUAAUGUGACUGCUGAUGAAUUAGGAGUUUAUUACUGUAUAAACACUGAUACACCUCCAAAAUUCAGCAACAGCACCAGACUGUACUUCAAUGAAUCAACUCAACUAACUGAGUGCCACAAUCAUACAGCGGUGGAGUUUAUUGAUCAGAAUCAAACACAAUGUCAGAUUAUCAUCAUCAUAUCUGCUCUGAUGAACGGGCUUCUGGUUGUUGUGGUGAUUGGACUUGUAAAGGUUUUUGUUGUUGGAAACAGAAGUUCAGCAGAAGGAUCAGGACAGCUCAACACUGAUCUACAGCAGAAUCAAGUUAUUGAAGAGCAUCAGGAUCCAGAUCAAUUACAGUAUGCCAUGAUGGACUUUUCCAAGCUGCGUAGAAAUUUUCGCUCCAGCCAAAUCAACAGCACCUAUGCUGCUCUGAAGCUGCCGAAGUCAUGAACAUAUGACUGAACUGAUACUUAUUUUGUUCAUGUUUUCUUGAUUUUCAUUCAACUCUGAAACUUCUAAUCACAAACUGUUUGGAAAUUUAACACACAAGACAUUAACCAGCCAAACAUUCCAACGCUCUUUUGAUCAAAAGGGUUUCAAGCUGGGGUCUGCGGGAAAGUUCAGAGAAAACUGUUUUAAAAAAUAAAUAAAUAAAGUUAAGAUUGAUUAAAAUUGA